CGGGUUACAGCCUUUUUACGACAAUGCCGCGCUGCACACUUGCUUUCCGGCAGCGAAUGCUGAACCCUGGCUAUAUCUGACAGGGUAGCACAAGCUGAAGGUCCACUGGUCCUCAUGUCCUGCAGAAGUUUAAAGUUUCUAGGGCAUCUACGGGAAUGAGCUUCUUUGACCUUUUCCGGGGCUUUUUCGGCUUUCGUGGACCUCGGAGCCACAGAGAUCCCUUUUUUGGAGGGAUGACUCGAGAUGAUGACGAUGAUGAUGACGACGAAGAGGAGGAAGACAGAGGCACAUGGGGCCGAGGGAGCUAUAGGUUUGAUGGUUUUCAGCCUCCGGAGGAAUUCGGUUUCAGCUUCAGCCCAGAAGGAGGGAUGCGAUUCCACGACAACUUUGGCUUUGAUGAUCUAGUACGAGAUUUCAAUAGCAUCUUCAGCGAAAUGGGGGCCUGGACAUUGCCUUCCCACUCUCCUGAACUUCCAGGUCCUGAGUCAGAAACACCUAGUGAGAGACUGCGGGAAGGGCAGACAUUGCGGGACUCAAUGCUUAAGUACCCAGACAGCCACCAACCCAGGAUCUUUGAGGGGGUCUUGGAAAGUCCUGCAAGACCUGAAGCCUCCAAAUCAGCUCCAGAUUGGAGGUCUCAAGGACCUUUCCAUCGGUUGGAUGAUAUAUGGCCUGUGACUCCCCAUUCUAGAGCCAGAGAGGACAAUGAUCUUGACUCCCAGGUUUCCCAGGAAGGUCUCGGUCCACUUCUUCAACCCCAACCCAAACCCUACUUCAAGAGCAUCUCUGUGACCAAGAUCACUAAGCCAGACGGGGUAGUGGAGGAGCACCGCACUGUGGUGGACAGUGAGGGACGGAGAGAGACCACAGUGACCCAUCAGGAAGCACAUGAAAGUUCCAGAAAUGAUCCAGUCUCGGAAAGAUCUUCAGCUCUGGAUGACCCCUUUUCCCUCCUGGAUUUGCUUCUAGGACGUUGGUUUCGAUCCCGGUAGCUUUGUAAACCUUCAGAAACCUUCAAGUCGUUUCCACUCCCUUCCUGUUGCCCAUUGCCAAUAAGCUUAGCUUUUUGUGUCAUCCUAAGGGUCUUGAGUGUGUGAAACAAUUAAUUGAGUUUAUGCCAGUCUAUCAUUCGUCAAACUGAUCAAUAAAGCCUUUAUUUAUGCUAAA